CUCACGACCAAACCAAGCCGCUACCAGAAAGCAAGAAGAGCAGAGGACGAAGAGGAGGGGGAAAAGAAAACAGAGCUAGGGUUUGACUCCCGCCAUGGCGUCCACCUCCCCGCGCCGCUCGGGGGACCCCUCGUCCCCGUCCUCGCCCCUCCUACCCUCCCCGGCCUCCCCCUCUGGCGUCGGCGGGCGUUUCACGAGCCUCCGCGGCGCGGCGCGGUUCAUCCGCCGCACGGGCAGCCGCCGGUUGAUGCGGGAGCCGUCCGUGGCGGUGCGGGAGACGGCCGCCGAGCACCUGGAGGAGCGCCAGACCGACUGGGCCUACUCCAAGCCCGUCGUCGUGCUCGACGUGCUCUGGAACCUAGCCUUCGUCGCAGUCGCCGCGGCCGUGCUCGCGGCCUCCCUGGGGGAGCGGCCCGCCGUGCCGCUCCGGGUCUGGCUCGCGGGCUACGUGCUCCAGUGCCUCCUCCACGUCCUCUGCGUCGCCGUCGAGUACAGGCGCCGCCGCAGGGAGGUACGUGGCGGCGUGGACCAGGAUGCCGCGGGUGAUGGGGAUUUCAAGCUCAGUAUUGUGAAGCACUUGGAGUCUGCAAACACGAUGUUUUCCUUCAUAUGGUGGAUCAUUGGGUUCUAUUGGGUAUCUGCAGGUGGUCAACCUUUAGCCCAUGAUGCUCCUCAACUUUACUGGCUAUCGAUUGUUUUUCUGGCAUUUGAUGUUUUCUUUGUGGUCUUCUGUGUUGCCUUGGCUUGUGUGAUUGGUAUUGCUGUUUGUUGCUGCCUUCCAUGCAUUAUUGCUAUCUUAUAUGCUGUAACUGAUCAGCAGGAGGGAGCAUCCGAAGAAGACAUAAACAAUCUUUCCAAAUUCAAAUUCCGGACUAUGGGUGAUGCAGACAAGCUAGUUGCUGGCAUUGCAGCACCUGUGGGUGGAGUGAUGACUGAGCGUGGUACCAGUCCCCCUGUUGAACACAUCCUUUCUGCUGAGGAUGCAGAGUGCUGUAUCUGCUUAUGUCCAUAUGAAGAUGGUGUGGAACUGCGUGAGCUCCCUUGCAAUCAUCAUUUUCAUUGCACCUGUAUAGACAAGUGGCUUCACAUAAAUGCGACUUGUCCACUGUGCAAGUUCAACAUCGUCAAGAGCAACCUUGGGAGAGAAGAGGUCUAGGCGACAAAAGAUGGAAAACUGCCCGAAGCUUCUUGAUACGUCCCAGCUGUGCUCUUCAGUGCUACUGCAUAUGCAUAGUGAGUUGUGAUUACAGGUGGUGUGGUUACAGAGGUAUAGGUGAAUGCGCAGAUGGUUGCAAUGUUGGUUCUCGUGAAAUUGUUUUUAGCGGUUUCUUGCAGCGAUUGUACAUCCUCUUUCUCCUUUAUCCGAUUGGACCCGGAUGCAGUCAUUUUUAAAAUGUUUCAUGAUUUGGAGCUUAGUAUAAAGAAUUUCCCUGUUGGAGUGGCGUAAA